AUGGGCAUAGCGCUCGCGUCCUCGAACAGACGCGUCACGGACGACGGUCAGCCUUGCGUCGUCUGCAGCGAAGGCUCGCAGCCGGGGAACCCGGGCAGCUUCGAGGACAUUCACAAGAAGGUGAAGGACCUUUAUCCCCGAAACUUCGAGGGAGCCCGAUUAACCGUAAGAAAGUUGCUGAGCAGGCACUUCGACGUGUCGCACACGGUAACCCUGAGCUCGGUGACGCCCUCGGGGUACAAGUUCAACGCCUCCUACUCGGGCACGAAGAAAGUGGGUCUACACGAGCGGUACCCUCUGGUCAGCGGGGAUUUGAUGCCGAACGGAAACCUGAACGCUCGGCUGGUGCACACCCUCGGGUGUAGAUGCAGGUUCAAGUUCGCCGCUCAGGUCGCCGAGGGGAAGUACAAGGCCAGCAGCUCCUCCCUUGAGUAUCGCUCCGACGACUCCACCGUGUCCCUGACCCUAGCUAACCCGCACCUGAUGAAGCUGCAGGGCACCGUGGUCCUGCACUUCCUUCAGGCCAUUACUUCCAGGAUUACCUUGGGAGCCGAAGUCGCGUACCUCGGGGAACCCAGAGUACCCAAAGGCAUGCGGACCGUCGUGUCGGGUGCCUUCAGGUACAGCACCGGUCCCAUCACCCUGUCCACCACGAUCGGGAACGCCGGCGUCCAUGUUUGCUACCAUCGCAAAGCUAGUCAGCAGCUGCAGCUGGGCGUCGAGCUGGAGGCCAACUUUAGGACCCACGAGUCCGUUGGCACGAUAGUCUACCAGCUGGACGUGCCCCAUGCCGACCUCGUGUUUCGGGGAAUCGUUAAUUCCGAGACCUCCAUCGGAGCGGUUUUCGAGAAGAAACUUUAUCCCAUUCCAGAGUCCUCCUUGGUCAUCAGCGGGUUACUCAAUCACGCCAAACAACAGUUUCGCGUUGGGAUCGGACUCAACGUCGGCUGA